AGAGAGAGAGAGAGAGAGAGAGAGAGAGAGAGAGAGAGAGAGAGAGAGAAAGAGCUGCCUGCAACAGGACGAGAGAGCGCACAGAGUGACGGAGAGAGAGAGGGAGGGAGAAAGAGAAAGAGAGGGAGGGGAGCAAGAGAAGGGAGUAGGGUAGAGGGGUUGCCGUGGCGCAUAAACAGAGAUUUGAUCUCCGAGUUAAAGUUCGGUGCAACGCAGUGUGCAGAGGAGGCAUCCAUAUAGAGAGGGCCGAGCGCGACAGCAGUAAACAGCAAACUACUUGUUGAGCUUCAAACAAUACUAUUGGAACUUUUUUUGGUAAAUGGGGGGAAAGAGUUGAGGAAGUUUUUUUCUCGUAAAAGCGGAGCUGGAUAUGAUCCUUGGACUUUCAUGACAACUAUCGUUUUGCGACGAGAUGUUUUGCGCUUAAAUGUAGGCGAAAUCUCAACGUUCACGUUUAUUUUCGGCAUCGUCUGAUGCACCCCAAUAAUAAUACUGCUUUUGAUAUUUUGUUUUCAGUCAAAAGAGAGAAAAACACUUGCAGUGAGUUGUGACAGCAGUGGCCCGAUCGGACUUGUAAAUGUGUGUGUUUCGUUGAAUUCCAGGUGAUCGAAGGUACAUCGCCUAUCACCGGGAAACGGCUGUGGAUUUAAGGAAGCAAAAGGACUUUAUUCUCUGUGGGACAUUUUUUCUUUUCUUUCCCCUGUGUCGUCUCGGUUCUUCCCAAGUGUGUAUGAACGUUUGUUAACAAAAAAGCGAUGGAAGUAAGCGCGGACCAGCCCCGCUGGAUGAGCCACCACCACGCCGUACAGCAUCCCGAGUCACACCACCCGGGCCUCGGACACGGCUACGUGGACCCGUCGCAGUAUCCCCUCGCGGAAGAUGUGGAUGUACUGUUUAAUAUCGAUGGACAGCCAAACCACGUCUCCUCAUACUACGGAAACUCAGUGCGUGCGGUGCAGAGGUACCCGCCACCACCACACAGUAGUCAAGUAUGUCGCCCGUCCCUGCUCCACGGUUCUCUGCCCUGGCUCGACGGCAGCAAAGGCAUCGGGCCUCAUCACAGUACCUCGCCAUGGAACUUGAGCCCUUUCCCCAAGACAUCGCUGCACCACGGCUCGCCGGGGGCCUUGCCCGUCUACCCCCCAUCCUCGUCCUCCUCGCUGUCCGCUGGCCACUCCAGUCCGCACCUCUUCACCUUCCCCCCGACUCCACCCAAAGACGUGUCCCCGGACCCCGGCAUGUCCGCUACGGGCUCGGGCAGCUCGGUGCGGCCGGAGGAUAAAGAGUGCAUUAAGUACCAGGUGUCCCUGGCCGAGAGCAUGAAACUGGAGUCGGCCCACGGCCGAAGCAUGGCGUCUAUCGGAGCGGGAGCCUCUUCCGCCCACCACCCCAUCGCCACUUACCCCUCCUAUGUGUCCGAUUAUGGCCCCGGUCUCUUCCCACCCAGUAGCCUCAUAGGUGGGUCUACUUCUAGUUAUGGUUCCAAAACAAGACCAAAAACAAGGUCCUCUUCAGAAGGUAGAGAGUGUGUUAACUGCGGAGCCACAUCCACACCACUGUGGCGGCGGGACGGCACGGGCCACUAUUUGUGUAACGCCUGCGGCCUGUAUCACAAGAUGAACGGGCAGAAUAGGCCGCUGAUCAAGCCCAAGCGACGGCUGUCUGCAGCCAGGCGAGCAGGGACCUCGUGCGCAAACUGUCAGACGACCACGACGACGCUGUGGCGAAGGAACGCCAACGGAGACCCUGUCUGCAACGCGUGCGGCCUCUACUACAAACUGCACAAUAUCAACCGGCCACUCACGAUGAAGAAGGAGGGCAUCCAGACCCGCAACAGGAAGAUGUCCAGCAAGUCGAAGAAGAGCAAAAAAUCCCACGACAGCAUGGAGGACUUCGGCAAGUCGCUGAUGGAGAAGGGCAGCUCCUUUAGCCCCGCCUCGCUCUCCCGCCACAUGUCCUCCUUCCCGCCUUUCUCCCACUCGGGUCACAUGCUCACCACGCCCACGCCCAUGCACCCCUCCUUCGCCCCGCACCACCCCUCCAGCAUGGUCACGGCCAUGGGGUGAAAAAAAAACGAAAACACAAAAACAAAAGAAGAAGGGGUGACUGACGGCGGUUGGUGGAUGAAUAUACGUACAUUACAUACAGAUACACACACACACACACACACACACACACACACACACACACACACACACACACACACACACACACACACACACACACACACACACACACACACACACACACACACACACACACACAGGAGCAGACAUGGGUAGCAGACAUACAGUACAUUACAGUACAGUACAGUACAUGUACGGCUUAUGACCACACACUGCACGUGUGUCCACGUAUGUGUGCGGAUGUGUGCACACGCAGAGAGGCACACAUAUACACAUGCAGGCAUUCUUACAUGCAUACACACAAAGUAUACACACGUAAAAACACACACACACACACACACACAUUCUCCUCUGGGGCCUCAUGCAAAACAUUUUUUGCCGAAACCAUCACCAAAUGACAGACGAACGAAAACAUCGAGAACUGAAAUGAUGACAUCUGACUGGAGAGGGCGAGGACGAGAGGGAGUGGAGAGAGAGAAAGAAAGAAGCAUAAGGGCGAAAAAGAGGAGAGCGGAGGA